UUUAUAUCAGUUGUUUCCAGCCUCGGUAACGUGCGCGAGGCGUAAACACAAGUUUACACGUUAUUAUCUCCGUGUCAUAAAGAACUCCGUGCUAUUGUAAACAUUUAUAAACCAACACGGUGGUAUGACGUCAGCCACGACGUGUCAAACACAGUCCUGUUGCUUCUGUUGUAUGUUUUAAUCCUCACGUCUCUCGGUGGAAAAGGCUCCUGCGCGCAAUGCAUCAUGGGAUUUGUGGUUCUUGACCAGGGAGUCGCUUUAUUCGGGCUUGGUUUGGUGUGUGCGGACGUGUGCGUGUUUCUCCUGCGGUUGUUCAUCACGCAGUGAUGCUCUAAUCACUCGGAUUAUCCCUGAGACAGCGCUGAUAGUCACAGACAGUGUGUACAACGGGUUAGUGUUAAAUACAUGCAGCAGCAGCACAGGUGCACUGUGGUGAAAUCCUAAAGUAUCUGGAGACACACACACACACACACACACACACACACACACACACACACACACACACUUCUCCAGCUCCAGCAUGAACACACACCUCAGAACAUCAGAGAGAAGAUUGGAUGCUCUACCUGGUGUGUCUGAUUGACAGGUCCCAUACUGAGAGGUACAGAGUGUGUGUAAGAUGGAUUGGAUGCGGGACUGGGUGCAGGCGGUGCGUGAGUGUGAGGGCGGGGCUUUAGGGACGGUGCUCUGUUUAGCUCUGCUCUUUAUCUGGUACUGUUACCGUGUGGGCUGUGAAAAUGCCUCCUACACGCCCGAAUCUCGCUCCAGCCCACCCGAACUCUCAUCCACAAAACUCCGCCCUACACUGGGUGGAGUCAGAACAGGGGGCGGGACUAACGAGGAGGAGUUGAAUGGCUUUGCGUACUGUCAGUCUCCCGAGUGUUUCCGGUGCUCGCGGCCUGGUGACGGGUUUAACCAACGACUUUACCACAACCUACAGGACUACGCUAAACGCUACACGUGGGCAGGUAUGGGGCGUGUGCAUAAAGGUGUGCGUGAACAGGACCGCUAUCGUCUGUGCAAUCGUCCGUCCAUCCAGAAGGCCGAGGUGUUUUUCCUGCCUGAUCUGCCGUCGGCUCCGUUUUUCUCUCGUGACGCGCAGAAGCACGACGUGGAGCUUUUGGAGAGAAGUUUUCCUGCUCUGCUGGCUGAGUUUGAGAGUGUGUACCGUACGCCGCCGCCCCUCGCACCCGGGUGGAAGACUAACAGCACGCCGCGGGGACACUGGUGGACCUUCUACCUGGUGAACCAGGGCACGACACUGGCACUGAACGCUCGCCGCUGCCCACGCACGUGGAGGGUCCUGGGACAACUGCGCACCUUCAUCGCCAACAACGUGUUCGGAAAUGCCUGCUUCUCCGUCCUCAGCCCCGGAGCCGCCAUCACCGAGCACUACGGACCCACCAACGUCCGGCUGCGCUGCCACCUGGGGCUGAAGGUGCCUCCUCACUGUGAGCUGGUGGUAGGUGGGGAGCCUCAGUGUUGGUCUGAGGGAAACUGCCUGCUGUUUGAUGACUCGUUUCUCCACACAGCCUUUCAUGAUGGAGCUCCAGAAGACGGACCUCGUGUCGUGUUCAUGGUGGAUUUGUGGCAUCCGAACGUGGCAGCAGCUGAGAGACAGGCGCUCGACUACAUCUUCACUCCAGGACGCUGAGACGGAGCGAGAGAUGGAGAUAGAGAGUGAUGGAUGUAUGGAGAAAGAGACGGAUGGAACGAGGGAUGGAGAGAGAUACAGAUAGAUGAGUAAUAACAGUGAAGUGAAGCUGAUAACUUAGACAUUUUACUGUACAUAAGUGUUUCCUUAUGGAGUGUCACAGUUCAGUCUCUCCUGACAUGAGAGAGAGAGAGAGAGAGAGAGAGAGAGAGAGAGAGAGAGAGAGAGAGAGAGAGAUGGACAGAGUCAGUGAUGGACAGAGAGACAGACAGUGAGAGAGAAAUAGAUCAUAAGAGGGAUGAGACACAGAGCAGUGAGACAGAACUUGAAAAGUAGAAUGACAUUUUUAUGUACAUAGAUUUUCACAAAUCAGCUUCUAUAAGAAAAGAACAAGACAAAUGGAGAAGAAGGAGAGAGGGAUGGAGAGAGGGAUGGAUUGAUCUAUAGAUAGAAGGCAAACAUCUUAAUGCACACUUUUUUGCCCAUUUGGAUUUGGUGAUGUGUUGAAAACGAGUAACAGUGCAGAGAGGUGGACAAACCAAACAACACAUUUUUAUGGACAGAUUUUUACGUUCACUCUCGUCAAAAGAAGGAGAGAGAGAGAGAGAGAGAGAGAGAGAGAGAGAAUCUGAGAGAAAUCAUUAGAUGGAAAAAGUGGAUGUGUGAGAUUGUUUGGUUCAGAAAUGUUUACUGAUGAAGCCUCAUGGUCCUGUUGAUAAAGGUAGAAGUGGAUAGACAGAGAGAGGAGGGGAUGAAGAACAGAACUGUCAGAGGACUGAAAGUGGAGCUGGGCAUCAGGACACAAUUAAACACAUGGAGCUCACACACACACACACACACACACACACACACACACACACGAGAGAGAGAAAGCAUUCAUCACUCACACUCCUGCUUUUAUCUUCAGCGAACACUUGAUGUUUAACUGAAUAUUGUGUCCACACACAUAGGGAUUUCCCUUCAGCACAAAUCUCUGUGUUCGUAUAAAAACCCAGACGUGAUUUAAAAAGUAAACUGUUUCAUCAGAACCUAAAGGAGAACAUUAGAGAAGGAGGAAUGAAGAACAUUCAAACAUGACCAAAAUAAAAACAUACAACACCUAUGAUGCAGUGAGGCUGAGGAGGAACCAACACGUUCUCCUGAGAAAUCAAACUGAAAAUACCUUAAAUAAGACCAGAAGAGUCAGAACACUUUCAUGACACCUUCAUAACAUGUUCAUGACACCUUCAUAACGUGUUCAUAACACCUUAAUGACAUGUUUAUAACACCUUAAUGACAUGUUCAUAACACCCUCAUAACGUGUUCGUAACACCUUAAUGACAUGUUCAUAACACCUUAAUGACAUGUUCAUAACACCUUAAUGACAUGUUCAUAACACCCUCAUAACGUGUUCAUAACACCUUAGUGACAUGUUCAUAACACCUUCAUAACAUGUUCAUAACACCUUAAUGACAUGUUCAUAACACCUUAAUGACAUGUUCAUAACACCCUCAUAACGUGUUCAUAACACCUUAGUGACAUGUUCAUAACACCUUCAUAACAUGUUCAUAACACCUUAAUGACAUGUUCAUAACACCUUCAUAACACCUUAAUGACAUGUUCAUAACACCUUAAUGACAUGUUCAUAACACCUAAAUGACAUGUUCAUAACGUGUUCAUAACGUGUUCAAAACACCUCCAGUGAACAAAUUCAGGGUUCACUGUGAAGCUUAUAAGAAAUCCACCUUUUCGUUCUGCUGUCUCUGUGAACAGACGAUCAUAACCCAGAGAAAAGACUACGUCUGUAUACGUGUGAGCAGAUGCUGAAAUAUUCAACUGUAUAAGACAUGAUAAAUAAUCUAAUAAUAAACAAUCUAACUUUCACUGCAUUAAAACAAACUAACAAACAAUUAAACUGCUUCCACAUGCAGCAGUGCCACAGGAAACCACUGAAGAACAUGAAGGGUUUAGUGUUCCGAUAAAGAUGACUGGGGACCAUGAGGAAAAAGAGAGAAGGAGAGAGAGAGACAGACGGAGAGAGAGAGAGGUGGAGAGAGAGAGAUAUCUGAGGUGAACAAUAUUUCUUGCACAUGUUCUGUAUAUAAAUGUUUACAGAUCAGAUCCAGUCUAAGUGUUUAUUACAGGUACAGGACAGGGUGUACAAACUUAUGAAAUUGUGAGCAUUAACGCUGCACGUUUUUCAACACUCUGGUGUGUGACUGAAUAUAAAGUGUACAUAUAUCUGAAAAAAAAUAUAAAGUGUAUUUUUCUCUGUGUCAUAAAGAAAGUAAACAAACGGCACAGCGACAGAUGUUAAUGACGUGUUAAUGAAGUUUAUAACGUGUUUAUAAGAUGUUUAUACAGCAGUGGGUGUCCUUUAAAGACUGUGUUAUAAUUCUUGCUCCACUUCCCUUUGACUCCAUCCAAAAUAACACACUGUAUUCUCGCACACUUGAUUAUUUACACAAAACAAUUAUUGAACACAAUUUAGACUUAUCUGCAGUUAGCACAAAAGCUAGUCAGCGUGCUAGUUGUUUAGCUAGCUGUUCGAUAAACGGAUAAUGUAACUAUGUACAAGUAUCUUUGGUCACUUUAAAUACAUUUCUGAAUAAUAAUGUUAGAUUUAGCAGUUAGCUGCCAUGCUAGUUGAAUUAGUGAGGUAAAGUAGGGAAGUGGACGAACAUCAUUGAAACAUGGGAGCAGAUUGUGACAGAAAUCAUGCGCUAAAGCAUGAGCAACAAUCAAAACCUGCUUUUUAACUUUCUUAUUAAUAAAAUACAUUAUUUUAGCGUCGCUUUCAGGCGCUUCGUAUUUCUAAUUGUGUUCAAAUAAAACUCACUGUGGAAAGACGAUGCUUAGAACAAACAGGAUGGUAUUAUGGGUCACAGACGGGGUAAUGACUGAGGCUAGUCAAUUAGCAUUUACCUCAGAUUUAUCGGUAAACUGUCUGAUAAAGACGUCUUGUGGCACUGUAACUGCACUGUAAUCGUACUUAGCAUCCACCUCUAACAGGAUUAAUGUAAUCCGCCUUAUAUAUAAAACCCUUAAACAGCUGUGUGCUGUGAUACAGAUAGUGAUGAAGUUGUGAACGCUGCACCAUGUGAAUCUUCUCGUGAACACCGUGACACACGACUGUAUUUGAAUGCAGCACAUCUUGUACAGAAGCACAUUUUAAAGUUUACAGUAAAGAUAUAAACAAAAACAGAAGUUUCAACUCAUUUCAGACGCUUCAGUAGUUUAAUCGCUUCGUUCUGUGCUACUCCUACAUUCCUUUUAUGAGAACCCGAGACGAUCGGGACACGUCGUAUCGUAAUCGGUGGCUUUUUUCUAGCGUCAAGUGACUUUUGCAACCGACCGUGUGACGGAUUAAUGCCAUGUUCUGAAAUUCUGUGUUUCCUAGAUGUGAUUUUUGCUACGGCGGCUGAGUGAUGAUGUGUGUUUAAUAAAGAGCCGGUUGUACAAA